CACGGAUGUAUACACUCGCCCUGCUGAGAGAUCUGUGAGCAUCCUGCUUUUGAAAUGGAGAGCUUUUUGAAGAGGAAGAUUGCCCAUGCCAGUGGCAACAUAUUGGGUGGAGCUGCCCUUCAGAAACCUGUUUCCUCUUACUCGCCUAUCAAAUUGCCAAAUCUGUGCUCUAAUUUCUAUUCAAUUUCUGAUGAACCUUUUCCCCAAGGUUCUGGAUUUCUGGAUGACACUGUUGGCCCAUCCUACCUUUCAAAUGAAGGAAUUCCUGCACCGAAUUCCCCUACAUGCACACCAUCAAAAUGUAUAACAAAUAAUAAGGACGAAAGCGUUUUAGCACCACUACAAGAGACGACGAAGGACUCUGAUCACAAUUCCUUUAGGCUUGAAGCACACUGUCAGUCAGCAGAUGGAAGCAUGUUUACUAAACCACUACAGAAUGAUAAAUACAUUAGCAGUGCAACAGCAGGCAGAGCAGAUGGGGACUGCAAAGUUUUUAGCCCGUGUGUUACAUUAUCCAGUACAUCUUUAGAGAAAUGUGAUUUAAUGAGUGCAGAGAUGAAGAACAGCACUUUUAAUGUCACUCAAGAAUUGAAAGAAUGUGUUAAUGCAGCUGUUGAUCUACCAGACAUCAGGGAGAGGAUCAGCACUUUUGAGUCUGUCCCAUCUCAAGAGCCUAAAGAGAGUUCUGACCCCAAACUUAAUUCAACUAUGGAUAUUGAUGUCCUCAUGAUAAAGACUGAGUCAGGAAAUAUCACUGUUGACUUGGCCCAAACACAUAACCCUAAAGAGGGGUCUGAAACUUCAGGUAAUGCAACUGUGGAUAUUACUAAUCUGGACUAUACACAUGCUAAAAUGGAAUCCCAGAUUGAUAACAGCUGCCCCUCGAACACUGCUACUGAACAGCCAAACAAGAAACAUGAAGGAACAAUUAAUAUUCAGCAACAUGAGCUGGAUGAGGAGAAACCAGAGGAAAGCCUCAACUCUAGUGAGAAUAAUGAAAUAAACUGUCCCCUAACAAAGAAUGCAGAGGAACCUAAUUUGAAAGUGAAUGUAACAGUUGAUAUUAUGGAGCAAACUGCCAGUGCUCCUCUUUAUGUCUCUGGUGAGAUUGUUCAAUCGAACUCUGCUACUUUAAAGACAGGUGAAAAUACUUUUACUAAACAUAAUUCAACCACUUAUCUUACUCCCCAUGAAAAUCUUUUUUCUAAGAAUAUCACUGUAGAAAUAAAGCCUUCAAGCACUGAAUUUACAGGCCAGGCUAAUGAUGGUUCUAAAUCAGUUGUGGGUACCACUAAAUCAGACUCUAACCACAAAGAGACAGAAGUUGAGACAAGCACCACAGCUUUUGUUUGCUCUGUAGAAGCUCCCGAUGACUCUCCUGAGCUUAAAGCAGAGGAACACCUCCAAAAAUCAGGGACAGCUGGAUGUGGAGAGAGAGAGUGCGUUCCCUCUUUUGAUUUGGGAAACAUCAGCAGGAACAGUAUUUUUUCUCUGGAUGAUACCGUGGACAUGAGGACUAGCUUCAUGGUCACAUCCACGCCAAUUGUCUUGGGUAAAGAGUCCAGGUUUGAACUACUGAGAGAUGUUAAUCCCACACCUAUGAGGAAGAGACUGUCUGUGAUCAACAGCAUGGAGGUACAAUCAAAUGAUAACCUUGUUGGUGUAAGCAGUCAUGAUGGGGCUGAUGCUGUGCUGGUAGCUGAGAACUCAAGCCAGAGUCAAAUGUUCUCAGCAAACCAUCCUUCAAAUAUCAGUAAAACGGAGCCAGCUAAUGAGAACAAACCUCCCAAAAAACCUACAUUCAAAAGACAGCUUCCUCAACGUUCCUCUAAGCUCAAAUAUCCAAAAUCUAGUCUUCCACCAAGGCCACUGUCAUCUAUGCACUCAUCUGUAGUGGUCAAAUCAAAGACUAUCCAAGCGCCACAGGUCCCACAUCAGUCCAAUGGAGUCCAAUCCAGUACUCCGCUCGGCAAGAAAAUGGUACAGCUGAACAAGGAAAAGAACAUUAGAGCUGUCAAGAACACAGCAUCGGCUAGUACUGUUAAGACUUCUAUGGUUUCUGCUGUAUCUGGAUAUAAUUGUACUACUGUUUCAAAAACUUCAAGCUCUGGUUUACCACAAAUGAAACCAUCAGGACUACAGGCCCCAACCCAGAAAAGAUUGGCACUCAAGACAAUCCAGACCACACAGUCUUCUUUAGAAAAGGUUCAGGCUCAGUCCAGUAAAAAGCCAACAGGAUUACAAGGUGUGAGGAUGAGGAAUUCACUCCUUCCCAGUCUGGGCCAAAAGCACAUGAACAAUGAUGGUUUGCCUUCAGCAAAGAAAAAAAAAAAUGCACCCACUGCUGUACCUACAGUAAAACCUGAUUCUGUGCUCCCAGCUGAAAAAGUUCACGAAUCAGACUGUGAUCAUUGUUUGCAACAUCAAGAAAAACUUGAGAGGUGCCUCCAAGAACUAGUGAGAUUGCGCUCAGAGUGUAAAAACUGGGGACCAUUGCAGGAAAAACUUGAGAUGUGUUUGGAGGAGAAUUUAAGCAGGUGUUAAAUAUAUUCACACAAAAUGUUUUGAUUUACAUUGUUGGUAAACUCUUUGUACGUUUAUUCAUUGAAUUGAAUUGAAUUGUUGAAGCGCACCUAUUAUGUCGCUUUUCACAAGAUGUAAUUUAAAUCUUUGGUGGCACCAGAAUGUGUCUGUGAAUUUUCAGCUCAAAAUACCCUACAAAUAAUUUAUUAUACCAUGUUGAAAAUGCCAAUUUUUGGGUGGGAAUAAAAACUAGCUGUUUUUAUGUUUGUCUUUAAAUGCAAAUGAGCUGGUGCUCCCUGCCCCAUAUCCAGAAUAGGGUGGAAUUUUGACAUCUCUGAAUCUCUGCUUCGUAUAACUAGACAUCUUAAGCAAUAUGAUUGACAGCGAAAAUAGUGGUGUUCAGUCCUAUAUGUUUGAACCGGAGUUAGACACUGAUGAGGGAGAGAAGUAACAACUUUGAGAAUGAACCAGGAAGUUUCCGAAUGGUUAUUUGAUACAUUUGUUUAUUUGUUGUAGAGUUUUUUUCAGCAGUUUUGCAAUGAUGGAUGAGCAACACACACACACAAAUACUGUUACAACAUUCGCUAUGCGCUAUAACGAAACAACACACACAAACAAACAUGUCCGUCGGCAGUAUCCUUCAACAGUCGUGGGCAGGGCCUGUACAAAGUGACGUCGCUUUGUACAGAAUCUGAGAACGGCUUGUUCUGAGACACUGCUUGUGAUAAAAAAAAAGGACUGGGUGGAUUUUUAUAAUUAUAGGGUGGUUGUGUACACACAGUCAACACACAUUUAUGUUCAAACACCAUGUAAAAGUGAAUUUUGCAUAAUAGGUCCCCUUUAAAUGUAUCAAUUCAUUGUAUGUUUAAUAUAUGAAGAAUUGUUUAUACCACCUCUUGAAUUUCAGCAAAAGCUAGAAAUAAAAAUGUUUAUGUGCUAACAAAUAUCAUAAAUAAUCUGCAACUAAUUUCUCUCUCUCUGUGUCUCAUCUAAAGGAAUAUAUCACCCAAAAAUGAAAAUUCUCUCUCACCCUCAUGCCGUCCCAGAUGUGUAUGACUGUCUUCAGCAGAACAUAAAUUAAGAUUUUUAGAAGUAUAUCUCAGCACUGUAGGUCAAUUCAAUAUAAGUAAAUGGUGACCAAAACUUCAAAAAUGCAGCAUAGAAGUAAUCCAUGUCCCCAGUGGUUUAAUCCAUAUCUGAAGCGAUCCAAUUUUUGGCGGACUAGAACAGACUGAAAUAUAAUUCCUUUUUCACUGUACAUCUUGAUGGCAGUUUCCUUGGCAAUCAUGAUUUCAAACUCUAUUACACUUCCUAGUGCCAUUGAGUGCUCUGCGAAUGAGUCAAACACCAGGAAGUGUAAUCAAACUUGAAAUCAUGAUCGUGCUUGGAGACUGCAAUGGAAAAAUGUACUGUGAAUUAUUUUUCUUGUUUAUAUUGCUUUGUUGUCAUCUCAUCAUGUAUUACUUUUAUGCUGCCUUUAUUUCAAGUCAAUUCAUUUUUAUUUUUUUUGCGCCUUUCACAAUACACAUCGUUUCAAAGCAGCUUUACAGAAGAUCAGGCAUUAACAGAAGAUAAAACUGUAAUGUCUAUGAGUCAUCAUUGUGUAAUUAGUUAAAAUACGAUUGAUAAUUGUAUUUAUAACCCCAGUGAGCAAGCUGAAGGAACACAAAACUCCAUAAGAUGUUGGUUAACGGAGAAAAAUAACCUUGGGAGAAACCAGAAUCACUGGGGGCCAGUUCCCCUCUGGCUAACAUCAUGAAUAUAAUGACAAUAUUACUUAUGCAUUGUGCAAUUCAUGGUUUAAAAUGAUUAAACUAAGUAAGUGUUAAGGGACAGUGUUUAAACAUUGAUUCUGAAUGAACUGUAAGAUUAAUGACUAAUGUAUUUUAAGUCCAUCCUGUAUUAACUGUAGAAGUUCAUAUAGAUGCAUUGUCCUUGUUAAUUGGCUUUUGUUGGCAAUUGAUAGUCUAUGUAUUCCAUUUCAAGAGUGUAGUCCAUCAAUAGGCCUAGGUGAUGCAGGCAGAGAUCAGUGAGGUGCAUCGCAGUUCCACCUGGCUGGUAAUUUCAGUGUGGUCCAUCCUAAAUCCAAGGUUUGCUUCUUGCAGCUACAUAAUUUUGGUCACCAUUCACUUGCACUGUAUGAACCUACAGAGCUGACAUAUUCUUCUAAACAUCUUUGUGUUCCGCAGAAGAAAGUAAGUCAUACACAUCUGAGAUGGCAUGAGGGUGAGUAAAUGAUUUUCAUUUUGGAGUGAAUUAUCCCUUUAAAAAGUAAAAGAAAAAAAUGUACAAGGACAUUUUCAAUGUAACUUUUGUGGAGAUUAUAUGCAUUUAUAUAUACUUACAAAUGUGAUCCUGUUUGUUAAUAACAUUUUACCUAAUG